GCGUAUAGAUCGGUUCCCCGUGUGUUGGCGCAGCUCAAGAUGGUCGGCCGCCACCUGGAGUUCGGUUGGGACAACACACACCGCUGCCUGCAGCUGUUCCAGCACGGCGAUGAGUGGCGGGCCAUCGAGGACGAGCCCGGCUUCCGGCUGGAGGUCGACCCGCCCCUCCCUGCGGGCCAUCUGUAUCGGCAGCACCGACGGGGGCACGACCCACCAGUGACCUGCCGGAUCACGUUCGAAAACACCUGGGACGUUGGAUGGGGAUCCUUCUACGAAUGGGUGUCGACCGGUGGUCCGGAGACAUAUGCGUCGGAGACAUAUGCGUCGGUGUCUUCAUUCGCCAAGCGGAUGAUCCUCAAGCACUGCUUCCUCAUUCCGUCACAUUCGACAUGACUCAACAGGUAUGUCUGUAACACGUCAAUGGCACUAGUGGCAAGAGAGGUGCGUGGUUCAUUCUGUGUGUCCGUGUGGUUGGUUCAGGUAUGUUAGUGGCGGCCGCUUGCAUGGCCUGCUGACCGAGUCGCUCCACACACGAGUGGCGGGAUGCACCACGACAGUGAGCAGCUCUGACGGUCGUGUGCGAGAGCUGGUGCUGACCGACAACAACCGCCCCUUCGCCGCAUUGCUUUUUAUUGAGGAUAUCGGAAACAACCGAGGUCAGAAUGACUGACGGACAGGCGGCCGCAUACAUGUGGCGUGUUCCGCCUGCCUUCCUUGUCUGCAGUGUCCGUGUGUGUCGAGACCACUGACGAACCCAUGGGUGGGAGUCAGCUGCGCAAGCAACACGUCGCCACUCAGCUGGCUCGUGUGGCAUUUGGCGCGGUGGCGCCAUACGUCUUCGACGGACGACUGCAGCAGCAGCAGCAGGAGAGGGAUGAGACCAACGGCGGCGAUGGUACGGACAGCUAAGGGGGGAGACGGGGACACAAGUGACAGCAAUGAUGAGAUUGAUGGCCACCGGACCCUCUGUGUGUGUGUGUGUGUUUGCUGUAGAUGGUGGUGGUGGCGCUGGUGGCGGCAAUGAUUUGGAUGACGUAGGAGAGGGCACUGCAGGUAGACAGGAAACCAGGCCGUCCCACAUCACAUACGACAAACAGCACAUGUGUGGUCCCUCACAUCGAUCAAGCCGCCCGCAAUUACAUCCAUGUCUGUCUGUCUGUCUGUCUGCGUGUGCGUGUGCGUCUACGGCAGGUGGGGGUGCCGCAGCAGCCGGAGGGGCCAGCAACUGCUACUAUAUUGCAAGAGAUGGCCGCCGCUCAUGGUAAUGCUGUUGCCGCCUCCGUGUCUGUGUGGCGUUGCCACAUUAGUGAGGCCACUCACUCGGUACUUUUUGUAGCGCUGCUGUUGGCGAGCGGCCGAAUGGCUGGCUGGUGUGUCUGCGUGUGCGCGUGUGUGUUUGUUUGCCCUCAAGUGGCGGACUUUGCACAUCUGCCUUGGAAGCUGUGCUGUGCCAUGCUGUGUGCCUGCCUGACGGUCUGGACUCACUCACUGGCCUCGCCGAUUGAUUUGUUGUUUCGUGAUGGACAAUUAAUUGUAGAGUGAAUUUGUCUUGUACCAUAUGACGAUCAAUCAGACGACACGCUCCCAAGAAAUCGA